AAGAUGGCGUACCAUGGCGGAUCAUAUAUAUAAUGUGCUGAAACUCGACAUUUACAUUUUUCUUCAACAUCCGGGCCGUAUCAUUUAAGAAUAGUUGCACUCGUCAGUGGACACAAUUCGCUUUCCUACAUGUCACCGCUUCGCCGAUGAUUCACAUCCGUUGUUCUGUAUGUGAGCACUUGAAAAUCUCGUACCAGGACGCUCGCAUGCACGAGGUACAUGCUCCAGAUGCAAUUUCGAAUUCGAAUAUCUGCGAAUUCGUGUUUUAUUUAUUUGUUAAACCAUGUCUAACCUGAAGACACAUCGAUCCUGAUCUUUGAAUUACCGCUUGGAACAUAGUUUUAUCGUUGGACAUCGCAGAGAUAACCUUAUCGCCUGGUACAAAUAUCUGAAUCUCUCUCUCUUUCUCUCUCUCUCUCUCUCAAUUUACCAAUGAUUCGUUGGAUUAUUUUGUAAUUUUUAUCAUGAACGCAAAAACAAACGCAGACGUGUCCUAUUUGACUUGUCAGAUAAAUGGAAUAAAAUAUAUUUUGCAAACUAUACCAGACACAAGUGUAAAAGAUGCAAUAUCUAGCGAAGAGCAAAGUAUGGUUGACGUUGUCAAAGAAACUGAACUAAUGAAGGAAGAAUCAUUUUCUUUAGCUUCUUUGGAUGGAGAAGUAUGGUAUGCAUUGCAAAAUGGAAUGUUUCAAGAACUGAACAUCAAUCCAUUUGUCGAUCAGGAGAAUUAUCAUGAAAAAACACUCUUAGUGCCAAAAGAUAUGGAAAGUUGCGGGGACGAAUACAUCAGCAAUGAAAACAUAAUAUUUGAAGAUGCAAAUGAACAAGCUGAGGAACAAUAUGAAGUUGUUACGGAUAAUUCAGAAAAGGACUUCCUUGUAGGAAAAGACAACGUUAAUGCUAAUGACUUUGUGGAAGUUGUGACUGCUUUCAAAUGCAAAAUAUGUACUUACACAACUCAAGAUAAGAUGCAGCUAUUAGACCACUUUCAAAACGCACACAUAAAUCCUACUGUAGAUAUUGAGCCAAAAGAAGAAUCUAAAAAUACAAGUGAAUCGAAAUUAGUUUACAUGUGUGGGGAAUGUUCUAACUAUUAUUCUUCUAUUGAGAGCUGCAGAGAGCAUAUGAUUGAAGAUCAUCAACUAACGGAUACUGUAUGUCAACUUACUGAAAAUAAAUCUGAAAAAGGAAAUUUGACAGAUCUAACAAGCUCCGCUUUGGUUACCGAACAUGUAGAAGAACGUGACGAGAGCGACGAAGUAAAGCAUGAAGUAAAAAUAUCAAAAACCUUAAGCUCGGAAUACAUACUCAACAAAAAGAUGAUCGAAUUGACGGAAAGAACUGUAAAAUGUGAGUAUCGUGGUUGCCCAUAUAAAUUUCCCUCGGAAGAAAUCAUGCAGCAGCAUGUCUUAUGCCAUAUAGAAUCUCAAACUGUGACGGCAUUCAAGUGUAGCGUUUGUCGUGAUACAAAGUUUACAAAAUGGCGCCAGUGUAGCUUACAUUUGUGGAAGAAGCAUGGUAUUGACAUAGGUUUGUUCACCUGUAAAAUAUGUAAAGCUUACAAAAGCGCUACCAUGGUAAAACUCUUAACGCACAUGAGGGUACACAGUGAGACUCGGGAGUACGAGUGUUCUGAAUGUGGCAAGUGUUUCAAGCAAGCCAGUCAAUUGCGCAAUCAUCGUGUAAUGCAUUUAGAUCGUAAAACACUAGAAGUAACGCGAUGGUACACUUCUAAGAAAUGCGACACGUGCGGCAAGACGUAUGCAAAUUCAAAAUGUUUGAAGAAUCACAUUCAAGCUGUGCAUUCAAAAUUACGGCCGUACGUUUGUAACGUUUGCGGGCAUGCUAGCGCGAGAAAAGCGAUGUUACAAAUGCAUUACCGUCAACACACAGGAGACAAACCCUUCAGUUGCGAGAUUUGCGAGUAUAAAACUGGAGAUCACAAUACCUUACGGCGACAUAUUAUGCAACAUACUGGUUUCAGACCUUAUAAGUGUCCACAUUGUUCGUAUACUGCGAUACAGAGCAGUAGUUAUAAAAAUCACUUAAAAUCCAGGCAUCCCUUGCUGUCUGGUUUAUUCACAUGCGAGUUAUGUCCUUUUAAGACAGUAAAGAAUGAGAGUUAUAUUCAGCAUUUAAAAGAUCAUGAAAAGGGUUUGAUCAAACAUAAUGUACAGAAGAAAGACAGUGAAAAUGUCGAAGUGUUUCCCGGCAAUAUCGCAGCGGCGCAAUUGAUUUAUAGUUGUUUAGGCGCUUUCUCGAAAGUCGGAGAUACAUUAGAAGCUAAUUUGAUGUCUUCCUCAACAUCCGCUGAUGGCACUUCACAAACAAUCACGAUACAAAUACCGUCGAAACAUCUUGAAGGUUCACUGCCAACCAGAGAAACUAUGUACAAAAGUAAUUCUACGAUCGAGCAAGACGAUGACGAGACGAUGCAUUGCUUCUUAAAAAUCCCUAGAGAAGAGGAAGAGAGCAUAGAUACUGGUGGCAUAACGAUACCCGCAGAACCCGAAGAAGCGAGCGUGACCAUUGACGUUGACACAUGAAAUGUACAAUCAUUAUAAACUAUUAAAUUUACCUUUGAUAUGUCCAA